CUUCAGGGCCACCGUACAUAUCGCCCGCCUCUAGACCUGCUUACCCAGACCAGUUUCUCUGGCUCCUAUUGCGCAGUAUUAUCACUUUAUACUCUUUUAAUGAACCAACAUUUUCAGCCACUGAUACAGUAUCCUUAGAGGUUGGAACAAACGAUGACUGCCUAUUGCGCAAUAAUUACUAUAUUACAGUAGGCUUCUCUUUAAAAAAACAUUACGUUAAUCAUUAGUUUGUAGCAUGCCAUACACCUUAGAAGCACCUUUAGGGUAGUUUGACUUGGAUGGGAAACUGUACUGUGACCGGCUACCUUAACUACAAGUUUAAACACAUCACAGUUGGGGGGGUUCAAGUGUCAUUUUAAUCUGCUUAAAGACAUAGUUUGUCCAUCAGACACUAGUUGUCCUGGUCUAAUACUGUUAAGCACUACUGCUUUAAGCACACAUUAAAUCUGACUUUUCUUAAUGCCAUGUAGUGAUUUGUCUUAAAAGGAUUAGCAUUUUGUCUAUCCUAUUAAUUGAAUUGUUUGCAAGCUUGAACUUGGGGAUUGAGUUGGGAAAGUGGACCCAAACAACAGGUGGAAUAGAAUAUUGCUGAGGUUUACAAUAAAUGAAGAUGCAAAGGCAAUUGAAAUCCCUUAAGAAUAGACUCAUUUAUCUGUAGUGCAUGAUCACACUUGAUCAUGUACUUUAUGUAAUCUGCAGCUGUUUUCUCUUUUAUUGGAAGUGAUAUACUAGUUUAUGGUAGGUGUCCAUGCCUAAGGAUAUGCACAGAGAAAGAGAAAUGGUGUUUGUGGGGCAUGGCUAGAGGUUCUCUGUCAAUUGUCCACUGAAGAGAUUUGCACCCCAAAUAGUCAUCACAGUCAAGUAAUUAUAGUGGUUAAAUAUGAGCUGAUUUGAAGUCGGAACACCCAGAUGCUGUUAUUUGAGAUUUAUGACUCGAAGGAUGAGAGAAACAGCUGGUGAUAAAAGUUCACCACCCCCUUGUGAUGAAGCAGAUGGAUAGAUGGGGUUGCUGAGCCAAAUGGCAGCGACAAGAAGGCCUUACUAGCAUCAGAGUGGCACUCUGAUAAACCAAACGAGCACUUGCUUUGUAGUACCAACACUUAUUUACACAGACAGCCCUCCCAUGGGUUUUCUAAUAAAGUUUCUUCAAGGUCUGCAUGAGGGGAUACGGGCUUGUAAAUGUUGGAGGGAAGAUGAUUCCCUGCAGAUGAAGUAAUUGUUUUUAAAAGUGCAAAUGAGGUAAUGUGGAGGAAAAGGGUGGUGCCGGUUCAGUUUGUAUUAAAAACAAUAGGAUGUGGACCUCAUUUUGGACUUGUGUGAAGGCAUAGGAGGAAGCUUUGCUAAGCUGAAGGAGGGCUUGGUAUCUUGGAAAGUUGUUAAAUAGGGAAAUGGCGUGUUUACUCGUCUCAAGUUUACGUAUAAAAUAAGCAGACUUGGCUUUUCUUGUAUCGUUAAAACACAGUUGGCGUGACUCAAGCUUAAGUCAACAAACCCAAUGGCAAAAAAAACAAAAACAAACCCACACUAGUCUGCUUCCUCUCUCAUUUUCAUUAAUGUUUUUAUUUCUGAGAGAAACGAUUUCAUACUGGGAUCAUACUCAGCCACAGUAAUUGUUUGCUUUUCUGUUUUUCUCAACCUGUAUGUGCAAUACCUUUUAAAUUACAGCCAGACAACACAGCAGCACAGUUGCUUGAACUUGUUUUACUUUACGUGGAGACACAAAACAGGAAUGUUUGUAUAUUUGUUUUGAAGAUGCGUUUUGUGAAACUUUUUUAUUUAUUUACUUUUUGCAUUUUUCUGUUCCUUCCCUGAAGCCUGGUGCAGUUGGGUCUAUUGUAGAGAUGCAAGCUGACUGGACAAUGUAGGUUUUUUUAUACACAAACUGUAAAGUUAAACCAUAAAGUUUAUGAGGAAUAAUUGAAAGUUGUGUAUUUUCAAAUGCAAAAAUCGAAUUCCAUAUCAUAUCUGUGUCAUGGGUCUACACAAAUAUGUACACUGCCUUUUUACUGAAACUUAUGCGAACAAAGAGGAAACAAUCAUAACAGUCAGAAAACAAGAGAACAAUUAACAGCUCCUUUUUGAGUAGACUUAAGGUCAGCUUACCACUAAUAAGCCUUACUAUGAACUUUAACUAUUUCAGAAUACCUAGAUUGUGCAACCUCACUUAUGAAAGAACACUCUGUAACCCUUCUAUGUUAAAGGACCAUUAUCUCUGAUAAUGUUUUUUAAUGGGAUAAGAAACCUGUAAAUUGACAAAACAACCUUAACCUACUUUAAAAAAAAAGUGCUUGGUCAUGGUCUUGGUGGACGAAAAAACACAAUUUGCCUCCACCAGUACAAAUCCAACUAUUAACCUUUGUCCAAUAGCGUGUCAGUGUGUGUGUGUGAGAGAGUUCUCUCCACCUAUUAUGAGUAUGUGGCUGCCAAGUGAUGUAAGAGGUUUAGGGGCAGAUCAUUUAACUGCAGACAGGCUCGACUCGUUCAAGCAGCAAAUGUAUUUGAAGCACCAGCAGCAUUCUGUUCAGUUUCAGAAGCUCUUUGAAAGCAGGUGGAAUAGUUCAGAUUAGAGGAAACCAUUGACAUCAACUGGACAUAGAGACGAGGAUGAGUCUUCUUCUGUGGAUUAGCAUGUCCCUGCUUGCCUGGGUCCAUGCAGGUGAAGUAAAGAAUUGCCACCCUAGCUGCCACUGUGAAGUGGAGAGCUUUGGUCUGUUCGACAGCUUCAGCCUGACCAGAGUGGACUGCAGGGGAGUGGGACCCUCCAACAUCCCCAUCCCCAUCCCCCUGGACACAGCCCAUCUAGACCUCUCCUCCAACUCCAUAGGCCUAUUGUCUGACACCAUGCUUUCUGGCCCCGGCUACACUACGCUGGUCAGCCUGGACCUCAGUAGCAAUCUCAUCAGCCAGGUCAGCUCCAAGGCCUUGUCCCGGCUGCGCUAUCUCCAGACCCUGGACCUGAGCCACAACUCUCUGGACAGCCUGGCUCAGGGCUGCUUCUCUGGCCUGCCUCUAGUGGAUGUGGACCUUAGCCACAACCAUUUCCGGGACUUUGACCUGGAUGUGUUCAUCACCAGGGGUCACGGCGAGCCAAUGACUGUGGAUUUGUCCCACAACUGGCUGAGCUCGGUCUCCAGGGGGCCACAUGGGGGUGCGCUGCAUGUCCAGAGCAUGACGCUAGCGGAGAACCGGCUGAGGAGCGUCCCCAAGUUGGUUGGAAUGCCAUUGCGGGACCUGAACCUGGAUGGAAAUUCUAUCUCCUGCAUUGAGGAGGGGGCGUUUGUGGAGCUGAAGGACCUUGUACACCUGUCUCUCAGUGGCCUCAGUGAGCUUUCAGACAUCAAACCGAACAGCUUUAGUGGCCUGCACAAUCUCCAAGUUUUGGACUUGUCUAGCAACAUCAAUCUCAAGACACUGAGCCCAGCAGUGUUCAUUGGGCUUGUUUCCCUGCAGGAGCUCAAUUUGUCUAACUCUGGAGUAACAUCUCUGCCAAACAAUAUGCUAAGCCACUUGCCUAGCAUUAGGAGUAUUACUUUAGGCCCAAGCACACAUUGCUGGAGAACUCAGAAACAAGGGCAGUUUCACAGGCAGCUAGGUCAAGUCCAGUUUGACCACGUACUAACCUGUAACAUCAAGGGCAUUGUUUCUUGAGGCCCUUAUGCCUUUGGAAUGGACUACUCCAAUAACGGUGCCUUCUUCAAUAUGCAACUGUUUAUUCCUGUCAAACUUGAUCCUUGCUCUUAUAGAGAUAUUUAGUUGGUUUGACUGUAUACAAAGUAUACUUUAAACCUUUAUGUAGCCUUCCUUAAAGAAGUUUCCAAAUGUUUAACCAUUUUGACACAGCUACAUGAGGUCCCUAUACUCAGUGCUAUAUGUUUGUCAUACCUUAUCCAGUUUCAUGAUCUUUACAUCAGGCAGAUAUCCAAUGCUAAUCCAGGCAGAUAUCCAGGUGAUAGACACCUUUAAAUACCUACUGUAGCAUGUGGCCCAGGUUCAAAUACAGUUUCCAGAAUGUUCACGUUCCUACCUGAGCUCUAAACUUAACCCUAAACUCUACAUACUUAAAUGUACCAUUCCACCAUUUUAUGCCUAAAAAUUAAGCAUUUUGCCUCUAUAUGCUGCCUUCGUAACUGCAUUUGAAUGUGUAAUGCCAUUUCAGUAUAUAUGGCCAGGUUGGUUACAUACGCCAUGUUCUUUAUGAAGGCCUCACUUACUCUUUCAAGUUAUACUUUGCUUAACAUUUGUGUUAUCCAACAAUUUGUAAUUUUGCACUUUUUCACUUGGGGGUGGGUCUCUUUUGCAUACAUGGAUAUGAGUCACAAAAUGUGUUUGCAUUUCUGUUGAAUCCACAAUGCCUUUUGAUACUUGGGAUAACAUUAAUAACUACCUUAAAAAUAUAUAUAUUAUUUUAAUGAGUAGUAUUAAUUUUUUGUCUUCAAAGUGUGGACUAUUCUAUGCAAACUUGUUCUACAGUUUGUUUGCCAAUUCCAGUAAUAUUUUAGCCUCCUGAUAGAGUGGACAGUCUGGUUGUAGUUCAGUCAUGUUUACAUGGCCUCGGACCUUCAGCUUUGGCUGCUCACUUUAAACAGACAGGUGACACAACGAGGGCUGACAUGCAGUCUUAUAAUUCCAAAUGACAAAUACAAAACAAAGACUUUCCGUUCAACUUUUCAUAGUAUGUGUGUUUGUUUUUAGAAUUCCUUCAGGCCGCACCAUAAACUUUUAUUUGAAGUUUGUGUAAUUUAAUUGAAUUGUCUUCCUGUGAAUUAUUUUAUUGUGAACAGAUAUGCAUAAAAGCAGACACGUUUGAACAUUCAUGUUUUCUUAUCAAGCAGAUACUCCAAAGAGCGUUACAGUUAGUCACAUUAGCAUUAGACAUAUUAUUGUAAGUUUCUCUGAUGUAACACUAUCUUAACUGCAUCUGAUAAUGCACUGGGCAAAUUUAUUCAAAAAUUAUUCCCCCAAAAAUUGUAAUAGUAUCUUUUGCUACAUUGGUGUUCCUGUGGUUUGUAGAUUGACCUAAGCGGACAAUCAUUUUAAUCACUGCAGAUGACAUAUUUUGAAUGUAAAACAUCUGUAAAAUGAUGUUUUUUUAUCAACAGAGCUUAUACCUUUGUAUAUUAAAUAUAUUGUUUAAUAAAUGACUUUCUCUCUGAAUUCUCUCACAACUGAAAUGCACAGGAUUGUUCUGGAACACUGUGUUAUGUCUGUGUUUUAUUGACUGUUUCAGCUGCUGCUAAUUGCUGGGUGUGUCUGCAAAGAAAAAUACACGUCUCUUUUUUAUAUCCACCAAUAGUGUCACAGUAUUUCACGAUUCAAUAGAAAAAGAAAAAAAAUGCAUGUCUCCUGGGUUGACUCACAGGGUGUGUUCCUUGAGAACUGUCACGGAGCGCACAGCGACGGUGCGCCGGUCUGCGUCACCGGAAUUCUAAGACGCACCAGUUUUGAGUUGGGACUAAUUAGGACGGCUAUAUAAGCCGAGAUGUUUCCGACUUCGUUGUGGAGUCUUAUUCUUGUUUCAUGUUAAUGGCCAUGUGGCGUCUGACCUUUGUUUUGUGAAAGCCUGUUUAUUUCAAGUAAAGACCUUGUGCGCUUUCAUCCAAAA